GCGGACCAUUGGACCAAUAAUCGAUCUACGCGGAGUUUACUAAUUGAGUCUUCUCACUUCUCUGUUUCCCUCCCCUCUUUUUACGUUCAAAAAAGAAUGAAAUUGAAACCUCUGCUUCACCCAUCUUCCAUUUUCAUAUUUAUCACUGCACAAGUCAGCUAAAUAAAUAGUAAUCCUAGCCUUUAUUUGAGUCACACCCUCUCUCUUUCAAACGUUUUCUCUGAACUCUCCAAAUGAACUCCAAGCUCAUUCUCCUCCCUCCUAUCUCCAUUCUUCAAUUCACACUCCUCUUGAUACUGAUUUACACACCUUCAUCAUUAACCUCCAAUGAUUAUUACAGAGACUGUAACAAUCUGUUUAGUUGUGGUCAUAUAAAAAACAUUGGUUUUCCAUUCUGGGGAGAAAAUCGCCCAAAUGGGUGUGGCCACCCUCUGUUGCAUCUCACCUGUGAAGAAAACACCAGCUACCUGAACAUCAAUAAUGUCAGGUACAAGGUUUUGGAGGCCAAAUCUGAUGAACAAACUUUGAGAAUCACCAGAGUUGACUACUUGUUGCAAGGACUCUGCCUUUCAACAUUUGUCAACACAAGCCUUGACCCUAAGCUGCUUGUUUUUGGGCCUCAGUAUCAAAAUCUUACCCUCUUCUAUAACUGUAUGGAAUCAAAUUAUAUUUCUUCUGAACAAACUUUUCCCUAUCGUUGUGUGGAUUCUUAUGAAACUGUUUAUGCUCAGUUGCGGUCUUCUGAUUUUCCUCUGUCUUGUCCUGACAGCGUGGUUGUUCCUAUCCCUAAGGCGUUUGAUUAUGUUACUGAUUACAGCUUAAAUGCUCAAAAUGAAACUGAUUACAACAAAACACUAAGUGCAAUUAGAGAUGGUUUUGUGGUGAAUUGGGUUGCAGGAAUUCAAGAAUGUGGGGAGUGUAGAAAAUCAGGUGGAGUGUGUGGCUAUGACUCAAUUAGACCAACCUGCUACUGCAGAGAUAAAGCUUGUCCUAAUUUCAUAUCAGAUGCUAAAGAGCUUCCAUCUUCAGGAUCUUAUUCAUCACAGACACAGUGGAGCAGAAGGCGUAAGAUUGUGAUAGGUGUAGCGUCAUCUUGUGUGGGAGGACUAUUCACUAUUAUUAUUGGUUAGCUUUGUAUAAGAGCAAGUUUAAGAGUUUAUCAGGACAAACGAUG